AUGUGGGUACGAGCUGUCUGGACUGAAGGUGAUAGCACUAAAGAGGAAGAAGGUGUCAUACCUCUCAACUGGGUACAGGGAAAAACUGUUCGGUGGCCAAAGUCAUUGAAUGUUUUAAAGCCACUAAACGAAAAGCAAGAACCAUCUUUAAACUGGCACAGAUUUUCAUUGGUCAAAAUCAAAGUACAAUCUGGUGAGUUUCUAAGCAAAGGGGUCACUUUUUUUGUUUAUAUUUUUUUUAAAUCCCCCUAGCAAUAAAAUAAGAAAUAAAUGGGACCUGAGAUAUCUGUCCGCUUAAAAGAGGUGUCCGCUUAAGAGAGGUGUCCGCUUAUAGGGGUUUGACUGUACUAUAAUUGUGAUUCCUUAAUUAUUUUUAGUCAUCCACGAUUUUCAAUCCAGCUGACCAUUUUUCAGCCGUGUUACCCAGGAUAUAUUAUCAUACUAUUGCUUACCAACCAAGUUUUAUUUUAUAAUAUCUUUAAUAAUAAGGGGCGAUGUACCCAGCAGACAAAUUUAGUCGUGAGGGAAAGGGUCUUGGUCGACAAUAAAAUAAUCUCUAUAUAUAGUACAUUUUCUUAAAUUACUAUUAGAUGACAAACAGACGUGUGACGCAUUUGAUUUUACAACAUCAGAAGAAGCUGAAACCAGCCAAGGAGAAACGGAAGAAAGCCAAGGAGAAAUGGAAGAUAGCCAACACAAUCGAAAGAGUGUGUGUUCUCCUGCGAGUAAGUUGAAUAUACUUCGUAUGAUUAAGCCGGAGCAAUGGACAUAGGAACUAAGGAAAUAACUUGGGAUAGCAAUGUUGCUUUAAACACAAUAAAAAUUAUUUAAUUUAUUAUUCUAGAUUUCCAAUCAGCUCAAAAACCACCAAACAAGAAUGCUAAGGGCUCCACAUCUAAACCACAAAAACCUAGACUGCCAUCUCCCCCUAAAUUGCUUGCAAACUCUGGGAAGAAAAAAGCACCCCGCAAAAGGGGUAGGUCGCCAAGUAUGUCACCACAACCUAGAAGAUUCCGACGAAUAAGAACUCCCAGCCCUCCAACACCACCAAGCCGGUCUUCCUCGCCAAUACUCGCACGGGUUUCCAACAGCGAACGGACGGAACAAGAUAUUGAAAAGGACACUCGAGGGCUUACCGAAACAUUAUUGGAAUGCUUAUCCAGCAACAAUUCUAGAGACACAAGAAGAGUAGAGCAGUCUGUGGAACCCAGGGUAGCUGGACGAAAAAACGGCGAGAAAACAGUAUGCUCAUCCAAUACAUUUCCAAUGCCUGAAGAGCGUAAGUGCAAAUUAUAUUGUCUGUACAAUAACAAACGUUAUAUAUAUAUAUAUAUAUUAGUAUAUAUAGAUAUAUUAGUAUAUAUAGAUAUAUUAGUAUAUAUAGAUAUAUUAGUAUAUAUAGAUAUAUUGAGUAGUAGCUUCUUUGUGCAUUUUUCUGUUAAAGUAAAAAAUCCUUUCUCUUCACUGUAGGUUUCCAAAGACGAGUUCUCCAUCUGCUUAUGGAAAUUCGGGAUAGCCUCAAGCAGGUUGGAAAAAGGUGUGAACCAGAUAACUCAGAUUUUCACCUUGAAAAGGCAAACACGCUGGAGGAAUUGACUGAAAUUGAGAGAAGUUUAAGCGAUGAAGAAACAAGAAAGCUUAUGGUUAGUUGCUUUUUUUUUAAUAUUUGUAUGUGGGUCAAUUAUGUUUGGUGUUCGGUAUAAAAACUAAUAUAAGUGAUUGUUGCUUUAAUUGUAGACAUCGAGACUUUCCAAAGUUGGCGGAUCAUCUGUUCGAGAUAACACAAAGAACAUUAUGAGCAGGUGCGCAUGUGUUUAUGAAUUAUAGUAGUCUACUGUAUUUGUAUUACUGUACCGUUUAUAGAAUAUUGUCUAAGACAUGUUUAAUACAUGUUUAAUACACUGCAUAUAUCUGUUUAUAUCGAAUACUCAAGUAAUGGCAGGCAGCCCUUAAAAUAUUUUUCUGAGCUAAAACUUUAAAUUUAUCUGGAGAUUUACUGUCAUAUUUAUCUAAAAUCAGAAUGAUUUCUGAACUUUGAGGGGGAAAAACACAAGUUCGGAAACAGAUAGACAUGUAUAUAAUUUUUAUACCAGCACUGAGAGAAGGAGCUCCAAUGACUAGCUGUCCUCCUUUAACAAAGAAAGGAAUACAAAGUAUAAUUUCGAAAUUACCUGACCUUAUACUGGAUUGUUGGUAUAGUACUGUAUUAAAAAAAGUUAAGUUGCCGCUAACUUACACCUCUUAAAUUUUUUUCUUCAGAUUGAUGAAUAACGAUGUCAUGUCAAAAAUGAACAUGAACGGAAACGGCGGGAAAAUGGCUUUCCGCAAGACAGCUAUUUGCGAAAUUCUAAUAGGUAAAAAAAUAAUUACUGUAAUUCAAUGGUUAAGGUUACAGAACAUCAAUCUGGGUUUUUUAACAGUGGUAUAAUAUUUUACAUAUACUAACAAAAGUUUGAUAAAAAUUUGAUAAAAAUCGGAUAUAUACAUAUAUAUUAAACAGGCAGUGGCGAUUCACCGAGUAGGGCCGCAAAGGGUAUCCUGUAAUCUUAAAACGAAUGGAUUCCUGCUAUUUGGAAGGGUUUUUUGUACAGUUUCCUUUUUGCAUUCGUAUGUAUUUUUCCAUACAUUUUUCAUGCGAACGUUAUCUAAAUGUCACCUAUAUAUGUACAUUGUGCAAACCCUUGGAAGAAUUUAUUAAUUUUACAUUUAUUAUAAUCUAAUUACAAGCGCUUCUUUUUCAUUUAUUAUAGAGAGUGUACUGAAAAAUCAUACAGGAACGGAGGACGACGUGUGCCAGGCAAUAAAAAAAAUUUUAAAAUAUGCGCCUGAUCGAAAAGGUGGCAGCGGGAGAAAGUAA